AGAACCUCGAGACUUGUCUUGUCUUUAUGCUUCAGAAGCAAAUCAAAGCAUCUCCAAGAUUUGAAGCUCCAUCAAUGGCUGCUCUUCUUCUCCUUUUCCUUUUCCUCUUUGCAAGUUCUGCUCUCUCCCAAGAUUCUUUAAUCGGUGUGAAUAUCGGCACAGAAGUCACGAACAUGCCAAGUCCAACACAAGUAGUAACACUCCUCAAAUCACAGAGCAUAAACCGCGUCCGCCUCUACGACGCAGACCGCGCGAUGCUCCUAGCGUUUGCUCACACGGGCAUUCAAGUGAUAAUCUCUGUACCAAACGACCAGCUUCUCGGUAUCAGCCAAUCAAACGCAACCGCAGCCAAUUGGGUCAGCAGAAACGUAGCCGCCUACUACCCCGCGACCAACAUCACAGCAAUCGCGGUCGGAUCAGAAGUCCUAACCACCCUCUCAAACGCAGCUUCCGUGCUCGUAUCGGCCCUCAAAUACAUUCAAUCCGCUCUCAUCACGGCCAAUCUCGACCGUCAGAUCAAAGUAUCUACGCCACAUUCCUCCACCAUCAUUCUUGAUUCUUUCCCUCCUUCUCAAGCUUUCUUCAACAAGACUUGGGAUCCAGUCAUCGUCCCUCUCCUCAAGUUCCUCCAGUCCACUGGAUCGCCGUUGAUGCUCAACGUUUACCCUUAUUUCGACUACGUUCAGUCAAACGGCGUUAUACCGCUUGAUUACGCGCUUUUCCAGCCUCUCCAGGCCAACAAGGAAGCUGUAGACGCAAACACACUGUUACAUUACACAAACGUCUUUGAUGCGAUCGUAGACGCGGCUUACUUCGCAAUGUCUUAUCUCAAUUUCACCAACAUUCCAAUCGUGGUCAUGGAAUCGGGUUGGCCCUCGAAGGGAGAUGCUUCAGAACACGAUGCGACGGUGGAGAACGCAAACACUUACAAUAGCAAUUUGAUCCAGCACGUGAUCAACAAGACCGGAACGCCGAAACACCCGGGAACUGCGGUUACUACAUACAUCUACGAGCUUUACAACGAGGACUCGAGGGCUGGACCGGUGUCCGAGAAGAACUGGGGACUGUUUCAUACAAACGGGACUCCGGUUUACACGUUGCGUUUGGCGGGUGCAGGUGCGGUUCUGGCGAAUGAUACUACGAACCAGACGUUUUGUAUAGCGAAGGAAAAGGUUGAUAAAAAGAUGCUUCAGGCGGCUCUUGACUGGGCUUGCGGUCCAGGGAAAGUCGAUUGCUCGGCGCUGAUGCAGGGUGAGGCGUGUUAUGAACCAGACGAUGUGGUUGCGCAUUCUACUUAUGCGUUUAAUGCUUAUUACCAGAAGAUGGGGAAAGCUUUAGGGAGCUGUGAUUUCAAAGGAGUUGCUACAGUCACCACCACUGAUCCAAGUCGAGGAAAAUGCGUGUUUCCUGGAAGUGCGAAAAGCAAUCAGACACUUGGAAACACCACCACUGCGAUGGCCCCUUCAGCAAACUCCACAACCUCUGGCUGCAUCCCACAGUACUAUCAUCGUCACGCUUCAUUCACUGACUUAACACUCCUCUCCCUUCUACUGAUCAUUGCCUUAGUAUUCUUG